AGUGAAUUUAGUCCCUUCCAGCUUUGGGAAGAGUACAACAGGUUCUCAUUCCAAAGUACAAAUGUGUCAGGGUUUAUGUCGGCUAGCGAAUUCCCACGGUGGUAUGAUUCUCCCAUGUACAAAGAGCUGAAAGACAACCACAGAAUUCCAAACUCUCCAUCUGAAAGUAGGAGCUUCAAUCAGAGACAAAUUCAGGAUGUUGUGGCCAGCCAGCGCUCCAGGUCCACAGUUGUCCAGAAAGCCUCCGCAAUUGAGAAGAGGUGCGAAUCUGAAAUGGCUUCCAACUAUCCACCUUGGAAAAAAAGCAAUAACUUAGUAAGGAACAAACUUCCAGGCAACCGGCCCUCCACAGUCUCACCUACUAAUGAGAGAACAUGUAGGCCGGAUUCAAAUUUGUUUAGAAAUAACAAAGUUACACACGAGAUAGUGGUUGAGAGCAACCUGCCUAGCAGUGUGACGCCAUUCAAUAUCACUCAGCUCCUCACACCAGUUAUUCACACAAGACAAGAAACAGAGACGUCUGAGAUCCUGCAGUUUGCACACACACCUUCUGUUUCUGAUUAUUCUUCCCAGGGUGAAACUGACCCUAAACUUCAGACUGAUGUCAAACAUCUGCGUGACAGCUACAAAUCUAAAGCUUCAAGUCUGCUAUUCAACCUCAAAGAUAACCGAAAAAGAGUCAAGAGUACGUACAGUCCCACUAGAUUUAAAGGGCUAGAAAUAACAGAUCGAAAUAAGCAGACCUCAAAGCUGGAGGGCCGAGAAUCCAGAUUUUCAGAUAUUUUUGUAUCCCAAGAAACUGCUCAGGAGAAUUUGAUUGGAAUGGAUGCACGGGCCUCAUGUAACCUAAUUCAAGAGCCCAGUGCAGCUCCUAUCACCCCUAAAGAUUAUACAGGUGACUUUGGAUCAUAUGAUAAUUUUACAUUAACUUCACCUCAAAUUCAGGACAGAGUCGCUAAUUACAAAUUGUUCCGUGGAAGUUCAGAGGGUCACUCUCCCAGCACAGAUCCACUGGCUAACACAGAGCUCUCAACACACUAUCUUUCAGCACAGGAUAAAAGCUCUCUGACAUCAGAAGGUCAAUUAAAAGACCUCAAUGGUACUUUUAUUCCUGCUAGGCCAGAAAUAGCAAAUGUGCUUCCAAAGGCUUACCCACCCACCCAUUCUCUGCCUGCUCAGACAUCAGAGCUUUACGGCCAGAGUGAUAACGCAAGUCAAAAUGAUCUAAAACAAAGAAAGGACUUUGGAAGAAAAACAUUUAUUGAAUACAGUCAAAACAAUGCUGUAAAAGAAAAAUGUUCAUGGGACCAGAUUGGUUCAGUCAAGGAAACAGACAGAAGAUCUGAAUCACAGCCAUUUAGAGGAGAAAUAGCAGCACUGAUUGAGAUGGACAAACAGAGAAAGGCCACCGCUAAGCAAUAUUUUGCCAAUGACAGCUAUUCUGUCCGAAAGGAAACGUACAUGCAAAAAGUGAAUGAAGACAUUAAACUUGGUCGACUUACAAAGGAGGAGGAGAAAGAGGUCAGGGAAGACACAAUAUCACCCAGGAAAACAUCUUACAGUGAAAAAUCUAUACAUGACAACGAAUUAAGCACAUUUUCAAAGCCUACUGAAUCAUACGGAAUACCAAAAAACUGUCUCCAGACCAAAACAUUUCCUCUAACAGAAGUUCAUGGUGGUUUACAAAGCUUCAGUGUCAACAAUGAUUUUGUUAAAGGAGUACCAGAGCAAAUUUCUUCUUUUAACACCAUGGUGACACAAAAUAGAUUUGAUCAGAGAGCUCAUUACUAUAAAGGUAAAGAGAAUGAAGGAUUGUACUCUUAUCAGCCAUACAGGUAUGAGCCUAACAAACAGUGGCACAUGUCAUCAACAAGUGAAGAUAGACACACUAAGGAAAGUGUAUGGACACAGAAACAAUCAGAGAUGUUUGAGCAAACUGGUGCCAAGAGUUAUAAAAUCUCCAAUACAUCUUCAAGUACACUACACAUACAUCAAAAGGAGUUUUCCACCAAUAAUGGUGCACCAAAUCCUGCUUUGCAAGAUAAAGAUUCAGUCAUCCCAAACAUUGAUACCUCACAUCAAAAUAAUACAAGUUUACCAACUAAACAAGAAAACAGGUUCAGCAUAAAUGAUAUUCUUGCCAUUAGAGAUAAUGAGCAAGCAAUGAGGUUAAGAGAUAAUACAUUUGUUUUGGCUAAAACAGAAAACCCACAAAAUCAAAUUAAAUAUGAUACAGCUGAAAAACUAACCAUAACAGAGCCUGUAAAAGAGCAACAAGGCUACAAAUUGCAGGACAUUACAAGUCCAUCACCUGGCUAUGUGAGAAAGGAUUUUCAAAAUAUAAAUGAAACAAAUAUUAGCACUUACAGAAAAGACAGUACAAUGAGUAAAGAUACUGACAUGGUCACAACAAGAGUGCUUUCUUACAAGGAAAGAAGCCAAAUUAAACAAGAAAUACUGACGUCGAAAUUGAAAGCACAUGCUCAAAAGGAAAUAUCAGCAAUUAAAAGGGACUUUCCAAACAAGGCAUUCUUGCGAGAAAUGCAACAAAAGCAGGAGGGACUAUCAAUAAUGAUGGCCAAGAAGGUAAUUCUGUAA